AUGGUGAAAGAUUUAACAAAAUCUAGUUUUAAGGCAGAUACACCCUCAUCAUUUCUGAAAAUUACUAAAAAAAACAAAGAUUCUCCUAAAAUAUUAUAUAAAAAAUUACAAAAAUUUCAAGAAGAAUCACAAAAUAAAUCAGAUGAGUCUGAGUUAGAAGAAGAAGAAGAGUUAAAAAAGAAAUCAGAAAAAGAAGAGUUAGAAGAAGAAUCAGAAGAAUCAGAAGAAGAAUCAGAAGAAGAAUCAGAAUCAGAAGAAGAAUCAGAAGAAGAAUCAGAAGAAGAAUCAGAAGAAUCAGAAAAAGAAUCAGAAAAAGAAUCAGAGAAAGAGUUUCAAGAAGAGCUAAAUAAAUCUGAAAAUGAAUCUGAAAUAGAAUCACAAGAAGAGUUGCAAGAAGAUUUAGAAGAACUACAAGAUGAAUUAGAUGAAUUACAAAAUCAAUUAGAAGAAUCACAAGAAGAACUAGAAGAACCAUCAAGAAAAUUGCAAAAAAUACAUAAAAAAUCAUCUAAAGAAUCAAAAAUUUCAAAAAUAUUACAGAACAAAAAGCUUCCUCUAACAUCUUUUCGAAUUUCUCGUAAAGCAAAAGCACUUGCUGUAGCAAAAAAUCAAAAUUUAUUUGAAGAAAUUCUAUUAGAGUUAACCACAACCGCAACCGCAUCUGAUGAAACAAUUAGAACUAUUCAAAGUACUAAUAAAGGUAAUAAGACUUCAGAAUCAGUAGCAGAAACCUUAGCUCGAUUAUAUCAAGAUGCUUGG